AUGAUGAAUAGCAAGAAACCUUGGGAUGCACGCUAUGUGAAUCCGGACAUUCCCCACACGAAUUCGUACUAUCUCAAAUGUUUGGGUGGUGGCGUCAUCUCUUGUGGGGUGACGCACACAUUGGUGUGCCCACUUGAUGUUGUAAAGUGUAACAUGCAAGUGAGUCCCGAAAAGUUUAAGGGCAUCUCUUCUGGCUUCAAGGUAGUCCUUGCUGAGGACGGCUGCGGUGCAAAAGGAAUUUGGAAGGGGUGGUUGCCGACCUUACUUGGUUACUCGGUGCAGGGUGCAUUUAAAUUUGGCCUGUAUGAGGUGUUUAAGGAUUUCUAUGCUAAUCUCGCUGGUGAGCAGGCGGCAAAGCAGUAUGAAGGUCUCAUUUGGCUUGCAGGUUCAGCAACGGCUGAGUUCUUUGCUGAUAUGGGCCUGUGUCCGAUGGAGAUGGUGAAGGUGAAGGUUCAGACCUCUCCCAGUGGCACGUUUCCCACUGCCUUUGGCGCCGCUGUUGCAGCUAUGCGUGCUGACCCUAAUUCUGGUUUCCCGUUCAAGUCACUUGUGCCGCUUUGGUCCCGUCAAAUCCCGUACACAAUGGCAAAGUUCUACUUUUUUGAAAAAGUGGUGCGGAUGUUUUACACGUAUGUGUUUACAAAGCCAAAGAAUGAGUACAGUAAGGGAACGCAGCUCAGUAUUACUUUUGCAUCGGGCUACAUCGCAGGUAUUGUGUGCGCUAUCGUCUCGCACCCUGCCGAUUCCCUUGUCUCUGCUCGUGGUAAGGCGACAAAUGCAGGCAAGGGAUACGGCCAGAUUGCCGCCGAGAUGGGUUAUCUUAACCUCUGCACCAAGGGCCUUAUGGCGCGUAUUCUCAUGAUUGGCACCCUUACCGGCUUGCAGUGGUGGAUCUAUGACACCUACAAGAGCACCCUCGGUCUUGGCACCAGCGGUGGCACAGGCAAUAAGUAG